CGAAUACAAAAAUAAGGAAGUUGAUGUAGUUUUUAAUAGGUGUAAACAAUGCUGUGUUUGUGGCGCCGCUGAGAGCAUUCCGAGCUACAUGGACACAAGUGUGCUGUUUGUACAUACCUCAGAUAAUGCUUCUAUGCCAUAAUGAUGACAACUAGAAGCAACAUGCUCACUGCUGGAAUAUCUAACAAUAAGGUCAAAUACUCACGGCUGGCUGCUGCUGAUGAUGGUUACAUAGACUUACAGUUCAAGAAACCCCCUCCAAAGAUCCCAUACAAGGCGAUUGCACUGGCAAUAUUCCUGUUUCUGAUUGGCUCUUUACUAAUUAUCUUUGGGGCCCUUUUUCUGGCAGAAAUCAUACCGGUUGAGCAUCCCGACCGCACUAUUCCUGUCAUCAUCAUAGGGAUACUCGUUUUUCUUCCGGGAUUUUACCAUUUGAGAAUCGCCUACUAUGCUGCAAAGGGUUACCGGGGUUACUCCUAUGAUGACAUCCCAGACUUUGGCGACUGAACCAAAUACCAUCCAAUCAUCCCCUAUUUUUCCUCAUUGUGUAUCUUGGUGCCUGCUGUUUUCUGACUGAAUGUAUGUAUCAAAGAGUAAAACCAUAUAAUUUUAGGAUAGAUAUCUGUAUUUGUCUGGGUGGGCUUACUGAAAGAUUUAUUGUUUGUGUG